CAAAACGCCUCCCCCCCCCGAGUCUACACACGACCACGCGCAACACCGGCCAUCGAGACCCCCACGCACCGCAUACGAAUACGCGACCAUGGCAUAAGCGGAAGCCCUCACCACACCAACUCACGUGCGCAUCCCUUCACAGCUGCUCGCAUGCCACCCUCGGCCCGCCGUGGCUCGCCCGGGCGUGGGAGAUCAACAAGCCCGCGGCCCUUGAUACCGCCCGAGCACGAGGAUGCGAGCCUCAUAGACAAUCUGCCCGAUACGCGCCAGCUGCAAGCCUUUGGCCGCAAAGUCACCGCGACCGCCAGCAGCCUCAUAGGCACCGAAGGCGUCGCCCAGCACUACCAAAACGCCCUCGGAGAGCUCCACCGCGAAAUCCGACGGCCCAUGCUGCAGCGCUCUGUCUUCUCCUUUGCCAACACCACGCCCCGCGAGAUUGUGCGCUCGCGAAUCUCCGUCCCCGAGAUCCAGCAGCGAGCGCUGUCGUACAUCCCCGACGAGAUCCUGCACAACAUCCCCGAGGACACCAGUGAGUUCUCGCUGUUCCAAGGGUUCCAGGCUUCGCUGCCAGAUGAGCCGGUCAGGGGCUCGAAGCAUGGCAAGCGCAAUGCCAGAGGGCAGAGGCUGAUUGGGGAGGAGCUUGGCGACGAGGACGCGAGUUUGCCGCCGUCUAUGCAGAAGCUGAAGAACCAGAAGCACAGUAUGAGCCACCGGCUGGAGAUGAUGGGCGUGCGGAAACACAUGUGUGUGGCUGAGAUUCUUGAGAUUGACAACAAGAUCGCGAAUCUGAACACGCUGCGCAAGAUGACGCUGGAUCGUCUGGCAGGGCUGGAGAUUGAGGAGGCUGAGCUUGAACAGGAUCUGCUGGGCGUGGACAACAGAAUCGAGGACCUGCAGGAGGAGCUGGACGACGCAGCAGCGCUUGCGCCCAAGUCUCCUGAGAGGCCGUCGACUGCAGAAGAAGAGGCGGGAGCAGAGGAUAGCUUCAUGUCUGAGUCGAUCUACAAGAAACUCCCCAGUCCAAAAUCGAAGAAGCACGUCAAACGACCGAUACGGCGCAUAUCGAUGCCGAUUCUACACGAACACCUCGAGCCAGGAUCGAAGAUCAAGGAGCUACCCGCACACAACGACACCAUCACAGCUCUCGACUUUGACGCGCCGUGGGGAACACUGGUCACUGCAUCGCUGGACGACACCGUGCGCGUAUGGGAUCUGAGCGCUGGGCGCUGCAUUGGCAUGCUCGAGGGCCAUCUCUCCUCAGUGCGCUGCCUGCAAGUCGAAGAGAACAUUGUCGCAACAGGAUCAAUGGAUGCUACCAUCCGCCUCUGGGACCUCAGCAAAGCCGAGUACGCGCCCCUCGACAACCGGAUAAACAAGCCCGGCGACGACGACGACGACGACGACGACGGCCUCGCUUUCGAGAACUCUGCGGAUGCGCCGCCCGCUCCUCCGCCAACGAUUAUGCAAGACUGCCCCAUGUUCUCCCUCGAAUCUCACGUCGAUGAAGUCACGGCCCUCCAUUUCCGUGGCGACACACUCGUGUCUGGGUCAGCAGAUAAGACGCUCCGGCAGUGGGACCUCGUCAAGGGGCGCUGCGUACAGACUCUCGAUGUGCUAUGGGCUGCCGCGCAAGCAUCUGCAACCGACACAACGAACAACGGACAAUGGCGCGGGACUGGCCGAGCUAUGGAUGCAUCUGCGGACUUUGUCGGCGCUAUCCAGGUCUUCGAUGCCGCGCUGGCAUGCGGUACCGCGGAUGGCAUGGUCAGGCUCUGGGAUCUGAGGAGUGGGCAGGUGCAUCGCAGUCUGGUUGGACACACAGGGCCGGUCACUGCGCUGCAGUUUGACGAUGUGCAUCUUGUUACUGCGAGUGCGGAUAGGAGUAUUCGGAUCUGGGAUCUCCGCACAGGAUCCAUCUACGACGCCUACGCCUACGACAACGCGGUCACAAGCAUGAUGUUCGACGCCCGCCGCAUUGUCUCCGCUGCCGGCGAAGAUGUGGUCAAGGUCUACGACAAGACUGAUGGAAGACAUUGGAACUGUGGGCCUGGUGCUAUGGAGGAGGAGGGUAGGAGGAGUGUUAUUGAGAGGGUGAGGAUAAAGGACGGAUAUCUGGUGGAGGGCAGGAAGGAUGGCACUGUGGGCGUUUGGUCGUGCUAGUGAGCGUGUAAGAAGAGAUGUACAUAUUGUAUGCAAGGCUAGAUCUUGAGGCAUAGCAAGCGUUGUACUACUAGAAUCGAUUUGGUCCACCCUGC